AUGAAUUUCACAGAAGCUAUGAAUGUUGUGCACAACAGAAUCCAACAACUUGAACCAGAGAAUGCAUCAAAGAUCAUCGGUUAUCUCUUGUUGAUGCAAGACCACAACGAUCGUGACAUGAUCCGUCUCGCUUUCUGUCCAGAUUCCGUGAUGUGUUCCAUGAUCAAUUGUGUUAAACAUGAAUUGGCUAAAAAAUCAUGUUACCACAUUCCUUCUUCUGAUCACAUUCAAAUCCACAAAUUCGGAUCAUUUACCGGUUCAUCAACUCAGUCUCUCUCAGUUUCCUUCUCUCCUCCUUCGGUUCUCUCCACGAGAACCGGUUUUUGGGAGAAUUCGAAAGAGGUGGAUUCAUUGCAGAACAAUGUUGAGUUCUUGAAUUUUCAAGAUUCUAUGACAAACCCUGAAUUCUCAACCGGUUUCUUCUCUCACAAGAAACAAGGUUUGCCUUCGAGAACAAGCAGGAGGUCCCCGAGUUUACCCGAAUUUCCUUUCAAAAUCUGCCAUUACUUCAACAAAGGGUUCUGCAAACAUGGCAACAAUUGUAGGUAUUUCCAUGGACACAUGGUAUCGGAAAGAGAGAGUUUUGCUCAGAUGUUUAAUCCAAACAAUAACCUAAGCGAUGAAGAUCAUGUUGUUUCCCCUGGAUCACUUGAGAAGCUAGAAGAAGAGAUCAUUGAGCUGCUCAAAUCAAGAAGAGGCGCUCCAAUUUCCAUAGCUUCAUUGCCUAUGAUGUACUACGAGAAGUACGGUAGGACUCUUCAAGCUGAAGGAUAUCUAACAGAGUCACAAAGACAUGGUAAAGCUGGUUAUAGCCUCACCAAGCUUCUUGCUCGCUUGAAGAACACAAUCCGCCUCAUCGACAGGCCUCAUGGACAGCAUUCGGUUAUACUUGCGGAAGACGUAUCAAAAUUUGUCGAAUACACAGGAGAAAGAAAUGAACAUGGAGCGAUCCUUGCUGGUUCUAGACUGAUUUACCUAACAUUUCCGGCAGAGAGUAGUUUCACUGAACAUGAUGUAUCAAACUACUUCUCCAAAUUCGGACCAGUGGAAGAUGUGAGGAUUCCUUGUCAGCAAAAGAGAAUGUUUGGAUUUGUGACUUUUGCUUACACCGAAACCGUCAAACACAUUCUUGCUAAAGGCAAUCCUCAUUUCAUUUGCGGGGCUCGUGUUCUCGUCAAGCCUUACCGAGAAAAACCACGGUCUAGUAGAUACCUUGACAAUAACAAGCCUUUGCAAGACAUGCGUUAUGGCUCUCAAUACAUUGACAUAGACACAGAGAUGAACAAUUUGCCACCAGAGAGCUCAAGUCUAAUGAGAAACCAGUUUCUUGAGGAACACGAGCAAUCAGUUUCUAAGUCCUUACCGACUAAUUACGCAUACCUCGGCUUUUCCUCUAAUGACUUCAAUCUAACAAGAGAUGAAGAACAAGAGGGACAAUUAAGCUAUAUAUUGGAUUAUCUGAACACGGAAGAUAAUGUCAUGAACUUAAGCGCUAACUACAAAGACAUUGAUCGAAGGAGGCAUUAUGAAUCUUUGGAUAGUCAAGCCCUAAAUUUACCCGAGAGUCCAUUUUCUUCCCUUACCGGGAAGGAGAUUUCGACGGUUACAUAA